AUGGAUAAACCAAUCGAAGAAACGAUCAAAGCUUUGCUAAGUUUUGUUGUUCGUCAAUUCUAUUCUAACUCAUACGUGCUAGUUUUGGAUGCCAUUAUGUUCCACUCAGUUCUAUCUGAGGAGGAUUUGGCGCAUUUAUUGGGUAUCAAGAGACCAGAGUUGCGUUCACUUAUAACAGUUCUCCUUGAAGACCGUAUUCUAGCACGUCAUUCUCAACAAGAAUUCGCCGUUAAUUCUCGUAGUGUUAAGAGAUACUACUACUACAUCAAAUAUCCGCAAGCAAUCGAUGCCAUCAAAUGGAAAGUUCAUCAAAUUGUGGCAAAAUUAAAAGAUGACUUAGACAAAAAUAGUACGCCCCAGGGCUAUAUAUGUCCGAUGUGCUCUACCCGGUACUCUCAGCUAGAAGCCAUUGCAUUACUAAACUAUGAAAGGACGCAAUUUAUAUGCUCAUUGUGUGAAGAGCCAUUGAUAGAGGACGAUUCUGGAAAGCGGAGUAAGGAGAAACAAGGAAGACUUAACAGAUUAAUGGAUCAAGUGCAACCUAUCAUUGAUUACUUGAAAAAGAUAGAUGACAAUAUGAUUGAAGAAAACACCUUUGAAACCGCAUUGGCGAGAUUGAUUCCACCACAGAAUAACUCUGUUGCACAAUACACAUUGAACCCAAGAGCUCGUAAAUCUAGGAUGUUUGUUCCUGGUGAUAUCAGCAUGGGUAAUGAAAGCAGUAGAAAGGCUGGUGUCAAAUCGCAGGCAACGUUGCAUGUCAACAUCACUACCCAAUAUGACGAAAUGUAUCAAAAAGAUCAACAAGAAAAGCAAGCAGAAGAGAGAAGAAAGCAAAACGCUCUACCAACCUGGCACGAAAAGAGUACUAUUGGUGAGGAGGCUCUAGGUAAUUUGAGAGAUGAGUACGAUAUGAGUUCUCGUGUGAAGAUAGAGGAGGAAGAUGAGGAAGGUGAAACUGCAGGUGGUGCUAAUGUAGAUACUGGGGCUGGAGAAGAGGAUCAAGAUAUGGAUCAAAAUGGAGAGGACAUUGGAGGACAGGAUUACGGACAGCAGCAACAGCAACAAUAUCAACAACCUGUCAUUCGUUCUACGCUUACUGACGAGCAGAUGAAAGAAAGAGAAGCAGAACGUACACUUGCCGAAUACUACGCUCAACUUGCAAAGAAGAACGCAGAAGAGGAUGAAGAUAUUGAUGACGAUGAUGAUGAUGAUUUAGAUGUAGAUGACGAUGAUGUUGAUGACUUCGAAGACGUUCAAGACGAUGAAAACGAGGACGGUAAUGAUUCGGAAGAUGCAUCUGCUUCCGAUGCAAGGAACAGUAAAGAGGAAUCGGUAUCAACGGCAGAAGCUCUAAGUAGCUCUGUGAGACCAGAAAAGGGUGAUGAUGAUGCAGAUGAUGACAUGGCAGAAUUAGAAGAUAUUGAAUUAGAAUCAGUAAAAGCCGACGACGAAGCAAAAACAGCAGCAACUGAAAAUGACGCAAAUGAUGAUGAGGAAGGGCAGGGAUUCGAAGACGUUUAA